AUGGUCAGUGAACAUUACCCCAGCGCAACAAGACUCACAGAUGAUCUGAGAUUUUCUCGCGACUACCUGUCAGAUCUCUCCAUCGCUUCGCCUGUGCUUGACAGGGUAUACUACGCAGAUUAUGUUAGCACACAGGUCAAUGAGAAAGCGCCCGCUACUGGCGUAGAUAUCAGCACUGUCCUUAGUUUCUUACCACAACACUCUAAAUUAAAUUUCCUAAGCUCGUGCAAUGGUUUGAUCCUGUGUGAAAGUUUGGGGACAUACUCAAAACCUGAUGACUGCCGUUAUGUAUGUAACCCUGCCACAAAGAGAUAUCUUCAUUCAUGGAAGUAUCUACUUACUGGUGAAAAAAACCUUCGUAACUGGGACGCACCACUGCUUUAUAGUGUCAGCAUUGGAUAUCGAGAAGAAAGCUUUCCGAGAAAUCAAGGUACCAGAUGCAAGAUCGCGUCCGCAAGCAAAUCAUGUGCAAAUUUGUCCUGGUUGUCUCCUAAUAUAUAUUAUAGAUGCAAGAUCGCGGCACUUCAAUCAGAUUCAAAUGUUAUUUUUAUAAUCAACGUCGAGAAGCUCUUUUCUUACAACUUUAUAACUUCUAAUACCAUGGAACUGUGCACCUUGAAAGGAAAUGAUCCGGAUGGUUUCGUGACCUACUCGCCUUGUUACUCUGGAUUCCUUGAUUUACAGUCAUCGAGCAUUGGAAGGAAAUAGACAGAGGUAUACAAGAUACCUGCAAUAUGGGUUUUAGGCUUAAGUGAAAUGGCUUGUCUGUUGACAUUCAGAAGU